GGGGGUGGAGCCGCCGCCGCCCGUCCCCGCCCGCGGCCCGUGCGCGGUGGCGUCACAGCGUGCGGGCGGUGCUGCCCGUGGCCGAGGGCGCCGGGCCAUGGCCUCGUCUGUGGUGCGCGCCACGGUGCGCGCCGUCAGCAAGCGUAGGAUCCAGGCGACCCGCGCCGCCCUCACGCUGACCCCUUCUGCUGUCCAGAAGAUAAAAGAGCUUCUGAAAGAUAAACCUGACCAUGUAGGUGUGAAAGUAGGUGUUCGUACAAGGGGAUGCAAUGGACUUUCUUACACAUUAGAAUACACAAAAUCGAAAGGAGACUCUGAUGAAGAAGUAGUUCAAGAUGGGGUUAGAGUGUUUAUUGAAAAGAAGGCGCAGCUGACACUUCUAGGAACUGAAAUGGACUAUGUAGAAGACAAACUGUCCAGUGAAUUUGUCUUCAAUAAUCCAAACAUCAAAGGAACAUGUGGCUGUGGAGAAAGCUUUAACAUCUGAAAUCUCAGGAUUGCUUCUUUGACUUUGAGCAGCCUAAAACACUUACUAUUACGACUUUCAGAAGCAAAUGCAUUUUCUUCAGGUUUGUAGGCUGCGUAAAGUGGGGAUACUAUUAAGAAAAAUAAAGUUACAUAUUUGAAAAUAUAAGCUGUGUGUUAAAUUCCACCCUGAUGUAGUUACACUGUAAUUUUUGAUUAAUUGGGAUCUAACAGGUAAGAACAGUAAGUGCUGCAGUAACAUCUCUGUACUUCCACUUGCCAACGAAAUAAAAUUUCACUGUUCUUUUCCUCUGUCAUUUUCUUUGUCAAUCCUACUCAUACUUCCCCAUUCAAAACUCAUUUGAAAGAAUACAUUGUGUUCUACUUUGAUUUGGGGAAAAAAAAAAUUAACAAAAAAUCAUAACCAUUUCUGUGUAAGUAUAAAGAUUUAUAAACACAAGCACACAGUCCUUGCUUACUUUGUACUUUCCAAUGCUUUCAUCUUUUUACAAGUGCAUUUUCUGGUGGUUUGUUUUCCCUUAAAUUCAGGGAAAUAAAAAUGUUCAUGUAUUAGUAUAGUGAUAGGCUGUUGUAGCGCCUGUUGUAGAAAUGCUUGGAAGAGGGCUAGCCUAAUUUUAAUUAUUUUCCUUUUUCUGUUGAAGGCAUAGUCCCUGCUGUACUUGGUCAUUUUCAAAGCAUGAAGUAUCUGGGUACUGGAGGGCUAAAAAGUGAUACACAGGCCUUGUUUUUCACAUUUCAGUUUUUUAUCUUGCCUCAGUUAAUUUGCAAAGAUGGUAAAACUGCUUCCACAUUCUUAUUCCCCAUGUUCACAGAAUGUGCUGUGUUUGCACCAAAAUUUAUGAAAACUUAUUGAGAGACAAAUCUCAGAUUUCUCGUUACUGGGUUUUUUCUGUAAUCAUGUAUGCUACUAAUUUUGUUAGAGUUCAAACUGUUUUUCAUAACUCUUAACUAGUAGAAUUUUUUCAUCAAAGUUUGUGGUCCCCUGUGUUUAACUCCUGUCUUGGAUUUAACUUGAUAACAGGAGAAAUAUAAUUUUUAAUUAGAAAAAACCCUUAGUAUUUCAUAUUACUUUUAAAUUAAUCUAGGCCAUAAUUAAAAUACUGUAAGAGGCCAUUUUUUCUUUGAAAUUUACUUAAUCAGAAUUUUGGUUUUGUAAACAAGUGUCUUUCAAGCUUAUACAGUCAGUAGCCGUCCUUCACUGGUGCUGUUACAGAAGUGUAAAUGUCUCUCCAGACCUUCCCAAAACCUGGUAUGAGAGAGGAACUGUUCCACCCUUUUAUCUCCUCAUUGUCCAGAGAUGACGGUGCAGCUCAGGUGCUCACUUGUGCAGAAUAGAAUGUAACAUGUCUGCUUGAGCAACAGAUUUGAACAGUUGGUGGAAAUAGUUCAAAUAAAAAGUAGGGGGACAGCAGGAGUCUUGUAGGUUGAGAUGGGAAUGAUCUGAGAGCAUGAAGGCUACAUGUUGAAAAUCCAGAGGUUAUCUUGAUGUGGACAGUUGGAUCCCACAUACCUGUCACCAACUGCUGUAGAUGUAGGAUUGCACCUACAUUUUUGGUUCUUCCCUCUGCACCUUUUCCCAGGGUAAAGGGAAGAAUAAAAAUGAAAAAAAUAAAAAAUUACACUUCAUCUGCUUUAUGUAGUGCACCAGAACAGAAGAUCAGAAUUACUUACAGUCUAAUAGUAAAUACUUGAAUUUUGGCUUUUGAUGUAAAGACACUAUUUCCUUCAACAGUCAACUGUUGCACACAGUUACUUUAUACAGUGAUUCAGGAAUUAGUGGUAAUACACUGGUGAAGUGCUUCUGUAGUAACUCUUUCAUUCUUGCCAAACAAAAAAUGGAGUUCAUGUGGCAUAGUUGCAUUACAUCUAAAACUCUAAGCUAAGGGCAUUUCUUCAGAUUGCAUUUCUCUGCUUCUUGCUAGAGAUAAGACUUUGAAUGUGGUAAGACUGGUGAUUGCUAAAAGUGCUGGUACUUACUCAUUUAACUUGUUUUGGGAUGAAGAGCAUUGGUUUGAGGUUUAUUUAGACCUGUGGCAUGUCUAGUAAUCCUUUUUGUGUUUGUGUAUAUCUUGAAUGAAAGUUUGCACUUUUGUACUGCUGUGAAGUAAUCAUCUGAAGUUGUCACCUUACUAAGACAGCUAAUGCACAAUGUGUUAAACUUCUGCUAAAGUGCUAUUUACAGUUGCAUACAAACUAUAUGGUUUUGUUGAUUGGUUCAUUAUAAUUUUGUGCAACAAUGUAUGUAGAGUCCUCAAUUAUAAUAAAUAUAACCUCUUGCUAACCAUGAAA